CAUCUGACUAUGGGCUGGGCGGCACCAGGAAGACGCAGUUGAUAAGACAGUACAUGAACGGAAUAAACAUAUAUGAGCAUAAAACAUAAAUGAAUCGCUUAUAACAAUUCAGAACGCUUUAAACAAACACUGUGGCCGGUACCUUUUAACCCUGGCAUUUUGGGUCAGUUACUAUGGAGGAAACGAAUAGAGAGGCCGUCGCCACAGCAGUGCAGAGGGUUGCCGGGAUGCUGCAGCGCUCUGACCAGCUAGACAAAGUGGAGCAGUACAGACGAAGAGAGGCACGCAAGAAAGCAUCUGUGGAGGCCAGGUUAAAGGCUGCCAUUCAGUCCCAGUUGGAUGGGGUACGAACAGGCCUCACACAGCUCCAUAAUGCUCUAUGUGAUGUUAAAGACAUCCAGAACUCUCUGGCAGAUGUGAGUAAAGACUGGAGACAGAGCAUUAACACUAUAGAGAAUCUAAAGGACGUGAAAGACGCUGUGGUGCAGCACAGUCAGCUGGCAUCAGCUGUGGAGAACCUAAAAAACAUUUUCUCAGUACCCGAGAUUGUACGAGAGACCCACGAUCUGAUUGAACAGGGCGAGAUGCUUCAAGCUCACCGCAAGCUAAUGGAUCUGGAGUGCUCGCGUGACGACCUCAUGUACGAGCAGUACCGCAUGGACAGCAAGAAUGUCGUCGACAUGAACCUUAUUCGUGGCUACUUCGGCCAGGUGCAAGGCCUGUCUGAAGAGCUCUCCAAACAACUGUGGAUGGUCCUUCAGCGCGCCAUGGUCACCGUCCGCCGCGACCCUACCAUGCUAGUGUCCGUAAUUCGAAUCAUUGAGCGCGAGGAGAAGAUCGACCGCAAGAUGCUAGACCGCAAGAAGCAGACUGGAUUCAUCCCGCCUGGAAGACCCAAAUCCUGGAAGAACCGAAUGAACGAAGUCCUGGAGGGAACAGUGAGCGGCCGCAUCGAAAGCACACAGUCAGAGACACGGGAAUCCGAUAAAAUGUGGCUGGUGAGGUUGCUGGAGAUCACCAGGAAGUAUGUGCUGGAUGAUCUAGUUGUGGUGAAGAACCUAAUGGUCCAGUGCUUUCCUCCACACUACAACACCUUUCAGGUGUUCUUUGACCUCUAUCACAAAUCAGUGUCAGCACGAGUGCAAGAGCUGGCAGCUGAAGAUCUCGAAGCCAAUGAGAUCGUAUCUCUUCUCACCUGGGUCCUCAACACAUAUAAAAGUGUGGAUAUGAUGGGUCAUCCUGAUCUUCAGCCGGAGUGUGAUGUGAAGCAGCUGGAGCCUCUGUUACCUGAAAAAGUGGUGGAUGAUUUGCUGGGCAAAUACCUCAAAACAUUUACUUCAAACAUCACAGGCUGGCUCCGCAAAGCUCUUGAAACAGACAAGAAAGACUGGCAGAAGGAAACAGAGCCUGAAGCCGACCAGGAUGGCUACUACCAGACCACCUUACCUGCCAUUGUCUUCCAGAUGUUUGAGCAGAAUCUUCAGGUGGCAGCUCAGAUUAACGAGACCUUUAAAGAGCAGGUGCUGAAGGUCUGUCUAAAGCAGAUGAACUCAUUCUUAGUAAGGUACAGAGAGGAGGCGAUCGCUUAUAAGGAGGAACACCUGAAAGUUCGUCAGCUCCCACAGUGCUACGUUCAGUACAUGAUCGCCAUCAUCAACAACUGUCAAACAUUUAAGGAGUCUAUAAACAGCCUGAAAAGAAAGUACUCUCAGUCGACCGAACCCACUCAAAACGAUGCUGCCAUAGACAAGCUUCUGAAUGAGGUGGCCAAAGAGGGCUGUCAGUUCCUGCUGGAUGAGGUCUUCUUGGACCUGGAGCAUCAUCUUAAUGAGCUGCUGACCCGGAAGUGGCUGACAGGCUCUCAUGCUGUGGACACCAUCUGUGUCACCGUGGAGGAUUACUUUAAUGACUUUUCCAAAAUUAAGAAGCCCUAUAAUCGGGAAAUGACAAGUGAAGCUCUUCGGCGUGUCGUGGUGGAGUAUCUGAAGGCCGUCAUGCAGAAACGCAUCUCCUUUAAGAAUGCCGACGAGAGGAAAGAGGGCGCAGACAGAAUGAUAAAGGAGGCCGAGCAGUUCAAAUUCCUCUUCAACAAACUCUCUGCUGGAGAAGACACAGACCGGCUGUGUGAUUCCAUCAGUUCCAUCGCUGAAGUCUUCAAACUGACAGACCCUGGACUGCUCUACCUGGAGGUGUCCACCCUUGUGUCCAAGUAUCCUGACAUCAGAGAGGAACACAUUGUGGCCUUGCUCGCUGUCCGUGGUGAUGCCAGUCGAGAAAUGAGACAGAUGAUCAUAGAAACACUAAACCAGAACAAGCCGGCCUCUUCCUCCGUCUCUCAGCCUGUCUUCCGAGACAUCACCGUGCCAACCAUCACCAUGACAGCCAUGACCUCCAUGACUGUACCUAAACUGCUGAAAUAAUAUGACCUUUGACCCCUUUAUUAAGCCACUAACAGGCCACAGAGGGGAGGGUUGACUCCCAUUAUGCACAAAAUUCGCUGCCAUCUUUAUGGUAAUAUCUCAGUGACGCUUGAAGAGCUGCAGCUCCUGUUGAGAUCGGCAGUUACCACAGACAGCUUCAUUGAUUUAUGACUUGAUGUACAGAAAUGUUUGUGGUAAUGUUUUUGUUUCUAACAGGCAAUUCUGGAUGUAUUUGAAAUGAUCAUAAAAUCAAUAGACCAAGAAUUAAGGGGAUAGCUCUCACCCUCAUGUCGUUUCAAAUGCAAAUGACAUUCUCGUCUUUGUGAAACACAAAAGGAGAUGUUUUGAAGAACAUCCAAGCUUCUCUUUUCCAUUCAGUGACCAGGGGUGGUGGUGCGCCAAAAUGGAAAAAAGUCCCAUAAAAGUAGUCCAUAUGAAUUGUGCAAUAUUCCUAGUCUUCUGAAGCCAUACUAUAGUUUUGUGUGGGGAACACCGAAUGAAAAUCUUUCUGUCAGGUAACGUUCUCAAAUCACAUUCAUGUUCGCGUUCAAUUCAAAUAUGGUGCGUCACAAUGUAUUACACAAUUAUUAACGUUAUUGGUUCUCAUGGGUCUCAUCAUUUGUAUUAAACACACUGUGGCUGGGAAGACUUUCACACAAAGCUAUUGUAUGGCUUAAGAAGACAUUAGUUUUAUGGUGCUUUUUUUGUCAUUUUUUUUCCACAGAAGAAAGUCAAAUGGGUUCUGCAAAGCCCCUUGGUGGACAGGGAAGAAUUAUUUUUUCUUUUUUCCCUUGCAAUAAAUUAACCAUGUCUUUACAAUAGUUAUAUUAUAGUUACCAAUACUGUAGUAACCAUGUUUGCCAAGGUUUUAUGACAGUAAUACUGUAGUAUUCAUAUUGUAACCAUUGUUUUACUGUAGCAAUAUUAAAGUGUGAUACCAUGACUGUAGCAACCAUGGUUAAUUUUGUGGUAAUUGUAGUUUUAUUAAAAAUACCAUAGUUUAACUAUGGUUACUGUAGUAUUUUCGUAAGGGUUAACCAUGGUUUUAGUUCUUGAACUAUGGUAUUUUUAGUAAAACCAUAACCCCAAAAACUGACCAUGGUUGUACUACAGUAACCAUAUUUUAACCAUGAUAUUCAUGGUAAAACUGUAGUUAUAAUACAGGAAAACUAAAAAAAAAAAAAAGGUUACUGCAGGUUUACUAUAGUGAAACUAUGGUUUUAAAAAAACUUGUACAAAUUAACCAUUGUAUUGCUAGUAAAACUGUAGCAACUUUGAUUUUUAUUUUUAUUUAUUUUUUCCAGAAUGGCUGAUUUUUACUUCCAUAGUUUUGGUUUUCCCAUAAUUAUUACAAUGGUUUUACUAUGAAUAAUCACAGUUAAAAUAUGGUUACUGUAGUAAAACUAUGGUAAAGUUAUUAUGUUUUAACUACAAAAACCUUUGUUCAGCUAUGGUUACUGUAGUAAAAUCAUAGUAAAUGUUUUGAGAUGAAACACAAAACUGUCCGAAAAUAAAUUCCCUCCCUGUCCUCUAAGGGGCUCUAAAGAGGGUAAAUAAAUUAUGAUAGAUUUCAUUUUGAUUUUCAAUUUCACCCCUUAAAGCAAGAGAUAUCGCUUGGAUUCUGCCGCUUUUGUAUAGUUCAUUCACAUGAAUAAUGUACAAUCACCAUUUGAUUUCUCCACUGCUAGAGUUUGUCCUGAUGGCUGCUAUCAUGAAUUCUAAUGAACCACAGAAUUCAUGAAUUCUUGCAUGUCAGUUUUCAUUUCAAUAAAAGUCUGUCUUCAGGAACACUGACAGAUGCACGCAAAAUGAUUUAUGAUAUUGUGUAACCCAAAGGUCAUGUCUGUUUACACCCACGUGCCCCUGAACCUGCAGUGUCUGCCAGCUUGCGUGACCAUUCAUAAUUUUAAACACUUAUCUGUCCUCAUUGGCUGGGCUCUGUGUGCGUGCCAGUGGAGCUUGUAUCUGAGCGUUAGGCUGCUGUAUGUACGGGGGGAGGAGAGAGGGUGUGGAGCACCUGCAGGACUGCAGCUGACUCCAGCACGCAAGCUCACGACAUUGGCUCUGAUCACAGGAUUACAUGCAUACUCGGGCAGGCACUGAGUAACCUAUUUGUAACCUUUACAUAAUUGAUGUAAUUUCGUUAAUUACACUGUGUCAAUCCCAGAUGUUUCACUGGGUGUGUUUGGAAUGGAAUACUAGUGUAGAACUUGCUGACCAGUGAGCAGUAUAGACUGUAAACUGCCUACUAUUAAAAAAAAAAAAAAAUGUAUGUGGAACAGUACACUACGAUAUUUUAACACUGGAAAUUUGGAAAUGAUAUCACUGUGUUGCAUGUUUAAUUUAGCGAGUGGUGGUUAACGCAGAAAUAUGGUUAAUUUGCAUUAAUUAUUCGGUUUUGUGUAAAAUGUCUUGGUUUUGCUGUUUGAUCAAAGGAGUCGAGAAAAAGGUUAAAAAUUGUGGUUGAUAUUGUUUCGGUUCAUUCUUCACACUGGAAAUGGUGUCAGGUAUUAAACAAAAGGUAAAGUUGA